CUUUCCAUGGUAACCACCAAUGAGAAAGACGCACCCAGGUAUUUUCCUAGCGCCUGGCAUUGCUUCCACCACCACCACCCCCCAAACCAAGACGAUUGAACCAGCUAUUCCUCCGAUUGCAGACCCCAAUCCUCUCUCCAUGUGUGAUGGCUAUCGGAGUUGGUCCGUCGUUCUUGAGCUCUGAGUCACACCUGUGCGCCAGAGGCCGCCCGUGUUCCCCCCCUCAGCCAAAAGCCAAUGGCCCGGCACAGACCAGGUGGUACGUACAUACAUGUGUCCAUCUUGACAUCAAGUUGGAUAUACCUGCAGCAAACCAGCCUGCACCGAGAGAACACAUGAAGCAGGAACAGCAUGCAGUUCUGAUCUCUCUUCGCAAUUGACCGUGCUUCAUCAUGAUGGAUGACAUCAGUCCAUGCGCUGUCGCUUAGCAACAAGUGCUGAUCAAGAACCCCAGGCCAGCCAGACAGCCGGCCAGCGUGUGCUUAUCCUCACCCCCGUGAAGAUAUCCCACACAAAGCCUUCCUGGUUCAAGUACUUUCUCUCGCAAAGUCGUGAAUUCCCACCAGGAGGCUUCCCGAGCUCUCCAGCCCCCACCACGCGUCAAACUAACCUGUCCACUCUUUUGCCGUCCCUCUGUCGCUCGCUCCGUCUCUCGUUGUUGAACUGCUCCUCCUCUUCGCCCGCCAUGUUCGGAAAACGCUCUUUUGCCAGCUCAAAGGACCGUUCGGGCAAGAUAACCAAGAAUCCCAAGAGGUCGUUCCGCGAGUCCCACCACCACAAGCAGAAGCAUGCGAUCGAUAAGAUGGAAUCUGUGCGCUACGAUAGUCCCAUGGUCGAGCCCGUCUCCCCGAGUCUGACUUCGGCCAUCGUGACCAUAGUUGUUGGCACCGACCAGCGACUGUUCGCCGCACACGAAGACGUCCUCUCCCACUCCCCUUACUUUGCCCAAGUAUUGCGGGGCCAGUUCUUCGAAUCCACCACCCGACGCAUUGACUUGCCGACGGAGGAGCCUGAAAUCUUUUCCUGCAUUCUUGAGUAUCUCUACAAAGGUGACUACUACCCGCGCUUGGUCCACGACAAGCGCCGCCAGACCUGGAUGCUCGAGGGUGCAGUGAGCAGCCCGGACCCAAACAAAGGCGACCGCGUAGCCGCCGUCGAACCCACCUUUCAUCACUCUGGUGUCAACGAUGUCAUUCUCCGCGACACAGCCGUGUACUGCGCCGCUGAUCGGUACGGCCUCGAAGAGCUCAAGAAGCUCUCUUUGCGUAAGCAAGGCCUGCAGAGCGGGAUCGAGGUCGGCACCAUCCUCCGCAGCGCCCGCUAUGCCUACGAGAACACGCCAGACAGUGAUUCGAGGCUACGCGCUCACUACCUCGCACUCAUCAUCCGCAGCCGGAAAACCUUUAAGCGUAGCGGAACCAUGCAGAUGGAGAUGGAGCUUGGGGGGAAAUUGUUCUUUGACUUGUUCGUGGCCAUGUGUAACCAUGUCGAUGAUAUUGUGGAUGCAAGCAAUGCUCGCACUCCCAGGACCAUCUAAAAGUUACAUGUGUCCCAUCACACGACUUGUCUUUGGACACGCAAACUCACACACACAAACACAUCCACGGCCACAUUUGUAUCCCUACUCGCGCGUCACCCCAAAUUGACCCCGCGCACCACGGACCAGAAAACCCUCACAAAAAAAACUUUUUUCCCAUGGAAUCGGAUUGACUCCCCUCCCGCGUUAUGGUUUUUUUGAUAACUGACAAAUUAUGUCUCGGCGUUUGACACGGCGUGCCAAUGAGACUGGUGUUCAUUUCUGGCACACACAACGGUUUUUCUCUGGUUGCUACCCCCCUAUCAUGUCUACUUUUUCGUACUCCUCCUCUCCAUCCCCCCUUUCCCCCCGUGCCUGUUGUAGGUUUGCUUACCCCCUAAUUCUCGCCCACCUUUCCCCCCCUUAUCCCUUCCUUUUAUAUCGACCGCGCCUCCUCCGCAAAUUCCCCUCUUGGCGUCCUUUUUGCUACUUUACCCCACAACCCCCCUCUCCUGAAUUGCAUCCUCCUCGGUUUCCCUGUGGGGACUUUGGAACGUUGCGACAAUGGAGAGAGUACAUGGCAGACAUUGCCGAAACUGUGUUUCCUUUGUUCUGGCCCUGUCCUCUUGAACUCCCGGUUCUCGAGGAAGGGUUUUGGUGUUGGAGAAUCAGGGAACCCGAUGGAUCAGAGGUGGGGACAGAGUGGAAGCGAAAGAGGCAGCUUUAUUGUCUGUAGUAUUUCCCUGCUCACCCACCGAUUCUCGGAUGUUUCCCCUGUCUUUUUUUUAGUUUGUCGAGAAGGAUAGGAAAGGGGAAUUUGUAAACAUUUCUUCUUUUGUUUUCUUUGUACGAAAGAGAGAGAAGGGAGAAGAGAGAAAGGGAAUUUGUUGCUGGAGAGAUAGUUGGUUGGGUCGAGAUGAAAGAGCUCUAUUCUUUCCAAUACACCCCAUCUGAAGGUAUUUUAAUUCUUUGAAAUCCUUUCUAUUUCAGUCCUUACCUUUUCAUUUUAUUGACAUGGUUUCCUCUUCUCCAUUUCUUUUGCCCUCUCUUUCUUCCGUUCUUCUUUCUUCUCCUUCCCUCAUUCUUCUUGGCGGAAUGUGAGGAUCUUGGGACAUCCCUGCAUCAAGGACGUGAGCGUAAGC